AGGGCGAAGAGUGUGUUCACGGUAUGGUCAUCUACGUAUGCUCGUCCGGUUUCAUGUCAACGUUCUGCGUAUCCUGCUCGGAAAUCAUAAUUGACAAGUGCAGGAACGAAGUCGUCGUACAACAAAUUCACGCGAAUAUGUGUUGGUAAUAGUAAAGUGGCAAUAGCAACACCGAUAUUUAGUAGUAAUAGUAACUGUAAUGAAGGUAAUAUCAGUGGCGACUACAGUGGUAGUAGUGGUGGUGACGGUGAUGGUGGUGGUGCUAGUGGAGAUAAGUGCGGGGGACUGAAUGCAUAUCAACGAAUUUCAUGUCCCACGAAACACUUUCUCGUGGUUCACUUCGUAGAGAAUGUGCGGUGUAAUCUAAGGUGUCGUGAAUUUGACGAUUGGUACAAUGUUAAAGGAUUAUUCGCCGAUUGUACAGGCGCUCCUAGGAACGUUAUUUACAUGGGCUCUCACUGCAGCGGGUGCCGCACUUGUCAUCGUGAUUCGAGGAAAGCAACGUAAAUUGUUGGACAUCAGCCUGGGAUUUGCGGGCGGCGUAAUGAUAGCGGCAAGUUACUGGUCGCUACUGGCACCUGCUAUCGAAAUGGCGACAAAGAGCAAAAUUUACGGUGCUGAAGGCGAAUACGCAUUCGUACCAAUCGGAGUUGGAUUUCUCAUAGGCGCGGCUUUCGUUUAUGGGACGGACGCGUUGAUAUCUUCCCUUGGCAUUCAGUCCCCCAAUGUGCUUUUAGCUAUGCAGUCAGUCGGUUUCUAUGAGCAAAAUACCCGAAGACGCCAAAUUGCGAAUAUAAAUAGGCCAACAGAGCAAGGAGAAAUAGGCACAAUUUACGAUGAUCCCAACAACGAAUGUAGAAACAAUCAAUGGAAAAGAGUAUUGUUAUUGGUUGUUGCUAUUACGGUACACAAUAUUCCAGAAGGUCUUGCAGUUGGAGUAGGAUUCGCAGCAGUAGGUAACAGUGCAUCAGCAACUUUUGAAAAUGCAAGAAACCUCGCAAUCGGAAUCGGUAUUCAAAAUUUUCCCGAGGGAUUGGCGGUGUCUUUGCCCCUACAAGCGGCUGGAAUCAGCACGUUGAAGAGUUUCUGGUACGGGCAACUGUCGGGGAUGGUGGAACCUCUGGCCGGCGUCCUUGGCGCAGCCGGAGUGACGUUCGCUGAACCCGUGCUACCUUACGCGCUCGCCUUCGCAGCCGGUGCAAUGAUCUAUGUCGUGAUCGACGAUAUUGUUCCGGAAGCGCAUCAAAGGUCAGUCGUAUUUCUCUCGCGCAUUUUUACAGCAAUUACAGAAAUAAGAAUACGUAAAUCUCUCUUUCUCCCUCCCUCGCAUUCCUAUCUUUCUCCGACUCCGAUAUAUUACCGUUCGAACGCGAGGCAAAAGGAAUAGCGCAUCGCGGACGUAUAUAGAGAAGAUAGAGAGACGCAUGUACGGCGCAUGUUCGAGAACGAUUACGGUACAAUGGCGCGUGACGGCAGUAGCGUAGUUAGCGAGGCGUCGGCAAAACGGACGUGGCGAAUUUCUUUCCCAGGCUCGGCUGCCUAGUCGAACACGCAUUGUCAUUAUAAUUGGCUUCUUUUGUAUUUCGCGUGUGAUCUAACCGCCCUGCCCGGAUACCCGACUCGACGUAUAAACGCGUUCUCGCUCACUAUUCCUGAGACGGUGAAGUUAACUUGGCUCCCUCGAGAAACACAAAAGUGACGCAAUCUACCUCUUGUCCCUCUGUAAACGGUUGCUCCUAGACAGGAUUCGACAAUCUCUCUCUCUCUCGCUCUCGUGCGCAUCGCGUGUGAUCAUUUGGAAAAGAGUAGAGUAGAGUCGAGGGGAGAAAAGAGAGAGAAAUCACAAUGCUCCCUUUGCUUUCCGGUCUAACUGGACGGAGUAGAGUUUCUCGGUGUAAACGCGCAUGCUCGUGCGCGCGUGCUCUUCCAAUUGGAAGAUCGAGCGAUAUCGAGAAGAAAAGAAGCGCAAAAGGAUAAGGACGAGAGAAAGUUUGCGAGAUCCGAGAAUCGAUUGGUUUUCGUAGCGGCGCAUGCGCACGGCGUCGGAAAAAGAAAGGAAAGAGCAGGUCUCUGCUAGUACCGAUCGAAACAAUUCACCCUCUCUCUUACGUGAAAUAAUAAUUUUCGGCAAUUGAUGAUUUUUCUCGAAUCGGACGAUCGUUUCCCGUAUUCGAUCGUUCGACAAGGGAAAAGGAAUCCUUGUGGAAUGCCAAUUUUUCCUUUAUUCUUUAUCGUUGUCGCGGUGGUUCGAGUGGGAAGGGUAUCACGCGCGAUCCUUGGCGUAGGAUAGAUACUUCGUGGAGAGAUGUGGAGAUCGUCGCAUAUCGUUGGGAGCGCACGCUAUAAUGGCUGAUAAAAAUACAAAUUUCCGAGGCCGAAAGGAGGUAUUCAUCGCGCGGAUAUGAUUGAUGUGGUAGAACGCCCACCGAAACACAACGGCGCAUUUCACCGGCCGUUAAAAUUGAUGGCCGUGUAUAAUUUACGAAAUCAACAAGCCGUGACGUGUAAUACCAGGUACGAGCGUGUGUGCUUUGUGUGUACUUAAUCCCUACUUAUAUCGCGAUAACCUUUUUAUUUCUCGCCAUCCUGCCGCGUAUUCCUUCUCCACGACCCUCGUUUCCCCGAUUAUACCUAUACGGAGUCCAUCUUCGAUACGGAUUCCGCUCCGUUUUUCCACUAUUCCCCUCUUCGGAUAUUCCAUCCUCUCGUAUCCGUCGAGCUAAUCGCUGCUCCAUCGUCUCGACGCAUCCUCCGCCGUUUACGUCCUUCCAACGGACCCAAUCCCACGAAGGAGAGCGUGUUCGGUACGUCUUGUCAUCAGUUUUUCUUUGAAUCUUUGAGACAACAUAUCUUUCUUUCUUUCUGAUUACAGUGGAAACGGUAAACUCGCCAGCUGGGCCGCCAUCGUUGGCUUUUUGGUAAUGAUGUCCCUAGACGUCGGAUUAGGGUAAAACGAUUGGUCGUGCGAAAUUGAAAGGCGUUUGUCCAAAAUGAACGCCAAAAUCGAUUUUGCUCGUUCGCAAGUCGAUGCGUAUUAUUAUUUUUCAAGUAUUAACUCGAGCAAUUCCUAAGAAUUUGUCUUUUAUCGCCGCUCUUUCGAAAUAUAGCGGUCGCGGUAUCGGUCGAAGCUGAGGUUGAACAACCCUGAGCUUUUGCCGAGCCAAGUGUUUCUAGUUCGCUAUCGCUAGCGUGUCCCGAUCAUCGUCAAAAUUAUCCAACAGUGUCUUCCAACAAUCUAGUCUUUGUUGAUCCGAUUCGAGAGUCAAUUAUCAUUAUAGAUGAAUCAGGCGACGAUCCACGACGAUUAAGCUUUACAACGUUCUAAGUCGAAUUUGAUGCGACGAUACAAUCAUCGUUUCUGUCCCUUUCCCGCCCCGCCCUUUUUCUUCCUUCGCCCCUUAUCUUCUCGUUCUACAUCGAUAAGUACGCGAGGUAAUCGCGCGAUGACACGAAAAUAUCGGAAUUGGCGAUUCGUCAAGGAUCGAGUAGACAUUCUAGGCAUUCUAGAAUCUCGUAUUUGGGGCAAAAAUUCAUAACGGUUAACGAUGAUUCGGCUGUAACUUCCACUCCAUACCUUUCCUUCUUUCGAACGGGGAUUAUUCUGUUCUCGCGAAUAACACGCGAGUAACGUCGCGAUCCGAAAAUGUGUUUCGCACGACAAUCGUUUGGUACAUGUUAGAUAAUAGACGCACGCACGUACAUUAUAAUUCUACGUCCUAUCCGAUCGGUUUGUCGUUCUUGUCGAUCGACUUGAAAACUGGAACGAGUAAAACGUACAAUCGACGCGUCGCUAUAUUACCUUAAUACAAUUAGAUAUGUAACUAUAAGUUUACAACUGCCAUCUUGCCAUCUUUGUAUAAUAUUUCCCUUUUACCCAAAACGAGUAAUCGUAACGAACAGCUCUUCUCGAUGUUACCAACUAUUUAGUUUUAUCGAUCUACCGUAGCACCGCACCAGGUAACGGAAUACUCAUCGAUCAUGUUUCGUUUCACGCUCGGCGCUCAACACUUUCUUGUAAAAUAAAAAUACUAUUUUUUCGUACAUAAUAAAUUCAUACGUAGAUAUAA